UUGGGUUGUGUUGGAGGGGGAUAGUGAAUUUAGUGUCUGUUUUCAGGACUGCAGCAGCUCCGCUGGUAUUUCAGGAAUGUGUUGAUCAUGGCGGCCGCUGGGAAGCCCGUGAAGAGCGGACUGCUAGAGCUCCGCGUUACCGUCGAUCACUGGAUCCGUGUGCUCGCGAUCCUCAGCGAAGACUCGUUCACCGUGAGCCCCGGAGAAUGCGCCGAUGAGUCCGUCAAGCCCUCGUCUCCCGCGGUCGGCGGGGCGGUUAACGGGGACCCGGCCAAUCUCAGCGCCUCCCCGGUGCCGGACACCAUCACGAACGUCAAGCGGACGGUCCGGGUCACCAAACAAGAAGUCGGAGGGCUCGGCAUUAGCAUUAAAGGUGGGAAGGAGAAUAAGAUGCCCAUCCUCAUCUCAAAGAUCUUUAAAGGACUUGCAGCUGACCAGACGGAAGCUCUUUACGUGGGCGAUGCAAUUUUGUCAGUCAACGGAUGCGACCUAAGAGAGGCUACGCAUGAUGAGGCCGUUCAAGCAUUGAAGAAAACGGGCAAAGAGGUCAUUCUGGAAGUAAAGUACAUUAAGGAGAUGUCAGCAUUUUUUAAGGGCGGGCCAACAACAGGACCCCCUGUGCUUGAUUCCCCCCCAACGACCCCACAGAAGCAGGCAGACCCUGCUCUUAAAGAGACCAGGACCCUUCUGCUCCGAAUGUGUCAUGUUACGUGCAAGCAGUGUCCCCCUGAUACAGAGGACAGGUAUUUUGAGGUUGUAUCGUCAGACAGAAAGAAGUCUGUGUUUUUGAGGGCUAAAGAUCACGCCACGGCUCAGUCCUGGUAUAACGCCAUACAGAUCGCAAGUACAGCGUUACUGCCCAGCGCGAUAGCCGAGCUAAAAGCCAUGCACCCCGGCAACGACGUCAAACACAUCGGCUGGAUCAUCGAACAGGGAUCAGAGCGGCCGAUACUGGCGGUAUUGACGGACCGGGAUCUGCUGCUGUACAGCUCUCUACCAGGCAGCAAAGACACACUCAGCAAUCCGGAUAAGAGCUAUCCGUUAAUUACCACUAGGUUGGUUCACUCUGGACCUGGUAAGAGUUCAUCGCUGCACGAUUCAGAGUUGACGUUUGGCCUGCGUUUGGGCACUAAACAGGGAGUGGAGACUCAUCUGUUCAGAGUGGACAUGGCUAAAGACCUGUCUACCUGGACACACUUACUUGUGGAGGGCUGCCACUGCGCCGCAGAGCUUAUACAGGAGGUCACUACAGCAUGCAGCUGGAAUGGGAAGUCAUGUCUGUUGAGCGUGCACAUUGACAAAGGUUUCUCGCUCUUCACCGAAGAGGGCGGCAUGAGAAAAAACAUUCUCCUCCAGCAACCGUUUGAGCAUCUGCGCAUGUCUUCAGACGACGGCGUCCGUAUGAUGUUCCUUGACUUUGGAGGCCUAGAGGCCGAGAUUCAACUUGAUCUUCACUCAUGCCCGAAGACCAUCGUCUUCAUCAUUCACUCUUUCCUAUCGGCCAAAGUCAAGCGGCUAGGCCUGUUGGCAUGACAACCAGCACUCGGAGACCCUGCCUCAACAGGUCCGACACCAAGAUGACAGGAGUGAACGGUUCAGUGGACCACUGAACAUCAAGCCAAACUUUCCCCCAUAGACUGCCACGGGUCAGAGUUCAACCACUGAAUGCCAAAACAAGCUAGCAAAAAAACCCAGAAACAACCUAAAGCCAUUCAAGGAAACGUUUAUCUCUGUUGUUCUCAUAGUUCUGGCCUUUGAUUGUUUGUUUGUUUGUAUUCCACCUUUGCAUACAACUUUUUGAAUGUUUAAAAUGUUCCUCACCUAAUCAUGCAUUAACUUCGGUCCAAAACUUAGUGAGCUGCGUUGCUGCAUACUGUCUACAUAGGCAGCUGCCUUCUAAGCUGUUACAUUUCGAACAUUCUUUUGGAACUUGGAACUCGUCUUCGCAUCGAGAGCAUGCCUGCAAUGCCUUAAAAUGCUGCCUAGAUAGGAAGCACACUAAGUGUUGGAACAGAGCUAUAAUUUACUAUGCUGUUGUUGAUAUUAUUCCUGUUGUUUGAUUCUGUGAAAACAACAGCUGCUUUUUAACGAGAAGGGCUUUAAUGUUCGGCAGCUGAGAGCGAUUGUGGAAAUUAAGAAUCACUAACACAAACAUUCACCAUAGAACAAGUAUUAAUGAUAAGUAGUAUUAAAAGCCCUCCAUGAUCUUAAUGGGUCUGUCUAAUUCGACUUUAAUAUAACUUUUAAAGACAUGUUGUCAUUUAGAAUUUUAUGCAUUAAUCUAUACAUCUCUGAAAAUAUGCUGGGGUGUAGAUUUGGGGGUGUGUGUGUAAGGGUAACCCCAAAAGUCAAAACAAGCAUGUACAACCCCCAUUGUUUAUACCAUGAUCAAUGGAAACCUGUAAAUGCUUCACCCCCAAAUGGGUAACACCCCCCAACCCCACCCAAUCCCCCAAAAGUAUGGAACAUGUAA